CUUAAAAUUUAUAAAAAAUGUUUUUGUGGAGAAAAAAAAACAGAAGAAACUAAAGUCACCGUCAAUACCAAUGCCAGUACGAAUACAUCACAAAAAAGUCCAAAUAACUUAGAUUUAUCAGAGUUGGAUAUCGAAGGACUUGGCGAGGAGGAUUUAGAGUUACCCGUCGGGAAUGACGAAUUAACAGAAGCCGACCUGGUUGAUCCAGUUUUACUUGGAGAGUUGCAAGCCUUAGUUUCAG